AUGGACGUUCUUGAUGGCGAGACCACUGAAGAGUGCCGAAAAGCCGGCGCAGCGGGCAACCUGUCUGGCUCACUCGCACACAGUCCGGCAAGCGGUAUCGAGGAGAGCGAUCGCUACAAGCGUGACAUGGUAACACUCCACGGCCUCUUCAAGCGCACGAUGAUUCGCAACAGCGUCUUCCUGUGGCUGGUGGGCUUCAUCAAUAACUUUCACUACUGCCUCGUCAUUUCGGCUGCCGCAAGCCUUGCGGAGGGCUACGGGCUCAAGAGACUUGUGGCCCUCAUCACGUGGGCGAACAUCUUUUUUGGCAUCUUCGCCCGCAUUCUGAACAUGUUCAUUGCGACACGCGUAUCCUACAACGUGCGCAUCACGGCGAUGACGCUUUCCUCAUUGUUGGGCAUCUUCUUUGUCAGCUUCGCGACACCAAUGGGACGACACAACAACGUGUCAUCCUUUGUCGUGAUGCUGAUUGGCGUUGUCCUGCUUGGCACGGCCGCGAGCUAUGGCGAGAGCGUGAUGCUCACCUUCCUACAGCGCUAUCCGAACUCGAUUGUCGGGGCGUGGAGCAGCGGCACGGGCCUCUCCGGUGUCGCCGCGUCGCUCAUCUUCUUGGGGCUUACCAGCGCUGGCCUGACGCAGCAACAGACCUUCCUGGUGUCCACGCCUCUGUGCAUUGCUUACUGGCUGUGCUUCAUGGUGGGCAUGAUGUCCCCGCACAAGGUUCUUGUGGCGACGCACGCGAGCGGGAAGAGAGAGGAGAUCAUCCUCCACUGUCUGGAAGGGGAGGAGGACGAGCACAUCUCCAUGCUGCGCGAAAAGGCGCUUGCUCGCAGCGACAUCGUGAGCGUGGCGGAGGUCUACGAAAUCAAGAUGAUCGUAAACAUCCGCGGUGUGUCGUGGAGCCAGUCGCCGGCCGUGCACAAGCCCGAGCCGAGCCCAGAGGAGGGCGACGGCCUGUACUACCCGUGCUGCCGCGUCGUGUGCGGAUGCUGCUCGCCCAACAACGGGCUGCGCCGCUGGUGGCGCGACUUCGGCCCCGACAUGAUCUUCAUGCACAACACUAUGUUUUGGUUCUUCUUCAACCUUGCCGUAGUGUACAUUGCUGAGUACGCUGCGCAGCUGAUGGCGCCGUUCAGCUUCUAUUGUGAGCCAGCUUGGAAGGACAACUUCUGGGUGAAGAACUCGUACGUUGUGUCCCAGUUCUGCUACCAGGUCGGCGUGCUCAUCUCGCGCAGCUCGCUGCUGAUCGUCCAGAUCCCGUACGUGGGCGUCAUCUCGAUCAUCCAGAUAAUCAACGCGGUGUGCUGGAUCGUGCAGGCCAGGGUGCUGUACAUCAGGUCUCCCACGAAGAGCCGACAGAUUGGCUUGUCCUUCAUCCUGUUUGCGUGGAUGAUCUUCAUUGGGCUGAUGGGCGGUGCCUCCUACGUGAAUGUAUUCUACCUGAUUCUGAAGCGGAGCACGAUGUUGCGCGAGCGCGAGGAGAACGAGGCCGUGAGGGCGUACCUGGUGAGCAGGGACCACGACUCGAGCGGGCUAGGGGAUGCCGGACGCAGUGAGUUGACGAGAAAGACUGCCGACUGCGUGCGCUCGGAGUCCGCUUUAACUGGGCUGGAUCGCGAGCUCAGCGACGAGGUCAUGCCCAAGUACCUGCAAACUGACACCGCAGGCGCUGCCUCAGAGGAUCAGAAUCUGGGGCUUGACUUCACCAACGACGAGCAAGAGGAGAUAAAGGCGAUUCACCGCAAUCUUAACGACGUGUGGGCGGCGCGCCGCGAGAUGGGCAUGAACAUCGGAGCCCUGUACGCGACUAUAGGCAUUACGCUUGGUACGGUCGUUGACCUGAUCUUCACGAACACGAUGCUCAAGCACAGCAAGAGCUGCUAG